GUGCGGAGCGACGAGGCGCGCUGCAUACCAACAGAGACAUACGGGAGCAGGCUAAUUAAGGCUGAAGUGGCGACUUGCGACUGGAAAGGACGCACAGACCCCAUCCUGCUCUCUGUCAAAACACAUAUUCAUGUCAAGUCGUUGGACAGUUAAAAUUUUAUCUUCUCUUCCCAUGCAUUUUCCAAAAACAUAUAUCUUUUCUUCAAGGCACUGAGAGCCAAACUAAGUGUCUGGGAUAUUUGUCUUUUUUUUCUGCUCUGACAUUUUUCUGGUUGAGAGAUUCUACACAGGGGAAGAAAAACAGCCCUCCCCGCCUCUCUCUCUCCGACGGGGGUCAUUAAAAGGAAAAGUCAAGUGGAUAAGACUGAUGUUUUCGUCCAGUCACAUGUAGAAGCGUUGGACUAUUGCUGUUGAAAUACGCUGGCUCGUUUUUUUAUACACAGAUUCCCCGCAACGACAUCAUAAAGGAGGGAUAGCUAACCAGGCUUUUGGCUGCAAAAACAAGCAGAAAAUCAAUCAGAACUCCAUCAUGGGCUGCCCCCUCUUGCGGAACGCGUUGGCUGCUUUCAUCCUGGUUCUGUUGUCGAAAGGGUCCAGUGUGCAUGGAGCAGAAUUCGGACACCUGCCGGACAACAUUACAGUUUUGGAAGGAGAAAGCGUCACUUUGAGAUGUCGGAUCGAUGAGGAGGUGACCCACAAGGCCUGGCUGAACCGCUCUAACAUCCUGUUCACGGGGACGGACAAGUGGUCGCUGGACAGGCGUGUGACGCUGGUCAACAGUAACAACAGCGACUUCUCCAUCCACAUCGACAAGGUGCAAGUAACCGACGAGGGGCCCUACACCUGCACCUUCCAAGCUAAUAACAAGCCCCGCAUCGCCCACGUCUACCUCAUCGUCCAAGUGCCGGCCAGAAUCGUCAACAUCUCCAAAAACGUGUCGGUGAACGAGGGAGAAGAUGUAAACCUCUAUUGUCUGGCAGUGGGCCGGCCUGAGCCCACCGUCACCUGGAAAGACCAGAAAUAUGGGUUGGUGAGUGAGGGGGAGUUUCUGGACAUCACGGAGAUCAAGAGGCAGCAGGCCGAGGACUAUGAAUGCAUCACCAACAAUGGAGUAGCUCCACCAGAUCAGCGCAAGGUCAAGGUCACAGUCAACUACCCUCCCAUGAUCACAGAUAUGAAGAACAUGCCAGCCCAUUUGGGUAAGACAGCUAUCUUGCGCUGCGAAGCCAUGGCAGUACCACCAGCCUCCUUCGAGUGGUACAGGGAUGACCACAGGACCGGGGGCCAUACAGGGGCGAGGAACCGGUUUACAAGCAGGGAUGAACGUCGGCAUCUGUGUUUGGGUUUCCCUCUCCACUAUUCUUCUGCUGAAGGUGUAAAGAUCGAGCUUCAACUGGAAUUGUCCCUAAACGUCCCUGAAAGCCCCCCCCUCUCCCUCCCUCCCUCCCUCACUCCCCCUCUGCGGAAGGAAGAAGGAAAUGAAAUUCUUUAAUUACGAACCCAUCACUGUGAACAAAAAGAAUAUGCAUUAUUCCAGGAGCCAUUGAAUCAUUGCAUCAAACACACGACCACAUCACCCCCACCCCUCCCUAAAACCCCAGCACCCUCAAUUCAAUUUCGAGGUCAACUCAUCAUCAUCAUCAUCAUCAUCAUCAUCUCUUCUCCUCUCUCUCACACACACACUUACAGUCUGUCUCUCUCUUUCAGUCUCCCAGAAUGCCUUGCAGAUUUGUCUGACUUGGUACUUCCGCCCUCACAUUGCGUCCCCCUCAUUAUUACCACUGGGCUGAUGUUGAUAGAGAGUGUAUAUUAAUGAUUAUUGUGUCAGUGAUCAAUGAGAAAAUAGACAAUGAGAGAAUAGCUAACAACUGGACGAUCAUUUAUGUAAUAUUCUACAUAGACUAAUGACUGACCUACAAUGUUUGCCUUAUGGAAAUGAUUCAUAUAAAUCACAGUAUUAUGGUGGAUGAAAUGAUAGUUAUAAUGUAAUACUGGCGGUCAUGUGACCUUUUGAAAAUUGUCCAACUGGUGGCCAUGUGAACCCUUUGAUCACACACACACACACAGACACCUUCACACACACACAUGUAUGGCUUUUUAAUUUUAACCGUGUAGCAGUGAACCUGCUAUGAAUGAUGUCAAAAUGUAUAAAAAAAAAAGGUGGGUGGUGUCGGCAUCCGUCUUAACUCCCCCCUUGUGUAAUUUGGGGGGGAUUUAUACCAAGGUUGCGCAUGUAGACCCCCUCACUACCCAAACCUUUUUAUCCCCCACUCCCCUCUGUUCAACGUGCUCUGUCUGUUCGCAUCGCUAUAGUGUUCUCUGCUCCGUGUCAACCCCCCCCCCC